UCGCAGACUUUAAAAACUUCAGACACGCUGCUGUCUCCAAACUGCCUGGGGAGGGAUGUGGUGAAGUGUCAGAAUGAAACUCCAGCUUCUCUUGAUCUCCUUCCUUUGUCUCCUUUCCAAGGUGUAUGCACAGCUUUGCCAGACUCCAUGCUACUGCCCAUGGAUCCCUCCACGUUGCCCUCCUGGCUCCUCCUUAGUUCUGGACGGAUGCGGCUGCUGCAACAUAUGUGCCCGCAGACUGGGAGAGCCCUGCAGCUAUCUAUAUGUGUGCGACAGGAGCCAAGGACUUGUCUGCGAUUACAGCGCUGCCCUGAUGGGGAGAGGAGGAACCUGCAAUUAUGAGGAGGACGACGACAGCUGCGAAGUGAAUGGGAAGAUCUAUCGGGAUGGGGAAGUGUUCCAGCCAAGCUGUAAGCUCCAGUGCCGCUGCUCAGGAGGAGGUUUCACAUGUGUCCCCCUCUGCAGCGAGGAUGUUCGCCUCCCCACUCCAGAUUGCCCCCAUCCAAGGCGUGUGGAGAUCCCAGGAAAGUGCUGCCAGGAAUGGAUUUGUGAAAGUCAAGACAGGCAGAUCUUGCCAGAUACCAUGGCAGCACAAAGGCUCCCUGGGACAGCGUCGAUAUUGAUCCCCUAUGCAUGUGAACAGUGGAGCACUGAGUGGUCCGCCUGCUCGGCCACCUGUGGCGUAGGGAUCGCCACGCGAGUAUCUAACCAGAAUCAGUACUGCAGGCUCGAGACCCAAAGACGUUUAUGCCUCCUCAGAUCCUGCCAGGGUCUGACGGGAAUAGCCAGCAUGAAUAUGUUGGAAAUUCCACUGAGUGCGUUGCCUCCACAGAGAGGAUGAGGAAGCCGCUUGUAAACCAGCCCGCUCCAUUCAGAAGUUGAUAUACUGGCCUCAUCCUAGCAGCAGGAUCGUCACAAGUCCAAGAUGCUCUCAUUUCUUUGGUGAUGAGAUAACUGCCUAGAAACAGGGAGAAGAAAUGACCGUCUUUAGCUGGGAGAGAGGAAGAAAGCUAAAGUGCAGCUCCUCAUCGCAGCCGACAUCUGUCUUCUCCCUUGAUUCCCCUGCAAUUAUGCUAGACAAUGUUAUCGUUCAGCGAGGAAAACCAGACCAUAUGUUUUAAUACUGUACAAUACUGAUGUGUUUAAUGCCAGCUUGUGGCUACUAUUAUAAAUCCAUCCAUUGGAAAAAAUGAUGCUUUGCAGCUGCAGUAAUCUAAGGAACCAUGUCUUGUUAUUCUUUCUCUGUGUUAUCAUUUCACUGGAGAAUAGUUAUGGGGGAGCUGGGGGUGGGAAGGGGGAAAGCAUCCACCAUUGUUCAAA